AUGGAGCCUGCCAACGAGCAUGAUCCCACAAUGGAUGCGGACAUCGUUCAUGCAACCAAUGUCCACAACAAGAAAGAAGUUGCCGAAAUGAGGUUUUUGACGAAAUCAUUGGAGAAUGCUCGUCACGUCCAGGCUAAUAUACACAGACAAGAGGAAAAGGAUCUUCUUAAACAACUCUGGAAACUUCACAAGGAAAAGGAGCGUCGUCAUUCUGAGAUGAACUACAUACAUUCAGGUUCUAGAGUCGGACAAGGAUCUAGUGAAAAGAUUGUGAGCUCGAUUUCUUCAAGACACGGAUCCGUCAGAUACUUAGAGCACCCAAAACAUCACCAGUUCGCUCACCAUCAGACGUACGAUGACAGGAAUUCAUAUCACGACGUUAGGCAUGCCUAUCAUAGCGAGGAUGUCCACAACACAACGGGUACCAGGCAUGUUGAAAGCAAGGCAAAUGGUAAAAGCAGACAUCACGUUCCUUUUAUUGAAGACGUUAGCCACCAUUACGGCCCGGUAGUGCAUCACAGACCUGCUGAUUAUUUCCCUCAUCCACCAGCGCCCCGGCAUGGACAUGCCAAACAUGGGUACCAGCCACCAACAGAUGUACCUUGGGUUGGCUCCAAUUCAUCCAACCUCAACGUGAUUGUACAGCCUGCUGGGUAUGGACACUCAGUAAAGGAACAUGCUCACCAACUCAAGAAACCUAAGCACUACAAUAAAGGUAAACUGUACGAGCCUCACCAUCCUCAUCAUCAUCAUCAUCACACAUCAAGCGUUCAUCCACUGGAUGAUAUACGUAAUGCAGGAAGCUUGGAAAGCCUGACGAGAUACAUUACUCUUCUAGAUUAUGAGUCAAGUCAGGAUCGCUUAGAAAAUGGCCAACGUAGAAAACCGCAUCGACAUCCAAAGGAAAGGGAGUCCCGUGACCACACUGACAAGGAUGGGAGCCGGGCAGUGAGUGGUAACAUUUAUGAAGGUACUGGGGAGCAAGAUGUGAAAAGGGACAAGACAAGAGUUGAGGACAUUGACGUGACUGCGCACCAUGCCCCGCUCGCUGAACGACAGCAGCGUAAAGAAAAUAGUGAUAAGACCAAAUCCAUUGGAUUGGUCGCAGUGACGUCAUCAGACACCCCUUCCUUAACUAUGGGAAACUUGGUGGAAUCUGCACCCGAAGGUGUUCAACAAUCUGCGGAUUCAAAGACGCAGGGUCACACCAAGGAACAUAACACGUCUGCACUCGAAAACGAACCUCUUGCCAAACAUGCAGUCAAAAGCCAUGGAAAAGGGUUGAACAUCAACGGGGUUGCUGUUUCUAAUAGGAGUGGAAAAAGUCAUCGAACAAGCAGCGUCGAGUUAGCGGCUGAACAUCAAGAGAGUUACCACCAUCCACAUGUUAACAAUCGUACUGUAGCUGACAUUGGUGCUCAUCAAUCUAGUCAUCACCAUCAUCGCUAUUCAUCGCACCAUCACCCAACUCACCACUACCCAACUCACCACCACCCAACUCACCACCACCUUGAGCCAAGGGUCGGCUCAGUGACGGUCGCUGAACGCAAGCGUCUUGCAGUGGAGCUAUUAGCCCGAGAGUUUCCCAUUCUCCUACGACAUGCGCCGACUAAAUUCAACCCCUUGGAUGCCCUAAUGUGUCAAUACCUCAGACUCUCUACCAGUAAUGUAGAGACAUUGGAACAAAUGUGCCGUGAGGCAGGAUUAGAAGUUGAUGCACACCCCCACCAACAGAUAAAGAACAUCAGUCAAUAUGUAUUUGGAAUUGGAAAUGAAAAAAUAUAA